UUUGUGUUUCGGUUUUUGCUUUAGUUGAGAGAAAAUCGUCGCUUAGUUAACGUCGCCCAAGAACUGAUCACCAUCUGGCCAGUGCAGCGCAAAUAAACGCCCCCCGAAUAUACGAGACCAAGUCCAGAUCCAAAUCCAAAUAUCUAAGUCCGAUCCGGAAUCGAAUCGAAAUCAAGUUAAGCCAUCCGAUCGGAAUAAAUCGUCUGCGCUAAAAGAAGAUGGCCCAACCACAGCUGCUGCAAGUGAAAUUGUCACGUUUCGAUGCCCAGCCCUGGGGAUUCCGCCUGCAGGGUGGCACGGACUUUGCCCAGCCCCUGCUGGUGCAGAAGGUUAACGCCGGCAGCUUGUCUGAGCAGGCUGGCCUGCAGCCCGGCGAUGCUGUGAUCAAGAUCAACGACGUGGAUGUCUUCAAUCUAAGGCACAAGGACGCCCAGGAUAUUGUGGUGCGCUCCGGUAACAAUUUUGUCAUCACAGUGCAGCGCGGUGGUUCCACCUGGCGGCCGCAUGUGACGCCCACGGGCAAUGUGCCGCAGCCCAACUCACCGUAUCUGCAGACGGUGACGAAGACCUCUCUGGCUCACCAACAACAGGACAGCCAGCACAUCGGCUGUGGCUACAACAACGCGGCCCGUCCCUUCACCAAUGGCGGCGAUGGCGGCGUGAAGAGCAUUGUCAAUAAACAAUACAACACCCCGGUUGGCAUUUACAGCGAUGAAUCUAUUGCGGAAACACUCUCGGCUCAGGCGGAGGUUUUGGCUGGCGGUGUGCUCGGCGUCAACUUCAAGAAGAACGAGAAGGAAUACCAGGGCGAUCGCUCCGAGGUGUUGAAGUUCCUGCGCGAGGAGGAGACCGGCCAGUCCACUCCAGAACCCCACAGUCCCGCCAACUUUUACUGGACACAGAGCCAUGCCAUUGGUGGCAACGAGCGACGAACUCCGCUGCACCAUCAGCCGGAUGAACGGAUUGGGUUGCCGCUGCAAUCGAACACGCUGGCGCCGGCAGCUCCGCACAGGCCCAGUCUGCCUGUCGCCCCCAAGGAUAAAGAGGAGCAGCCCAGACAGGAUCAGGAGCAGCCCGAUCCGCGCAUCAUUGUGAUGCCCAUCUGUCCCGGCCUCCAGGGUCCCGAAUACAAGGCCGAAAUGGAGGCAGCGGCGGCGGCACUGGCCAGUGACCAGGACGGCCGACCACGUCCGCUCUCCGCCAGCGGACAUCCGGCCUGCCAGCUGUGCGGCGUGGGCAUUGUUGGCGUUUUCGUUCGCAUCAAGGACAAGAAUCUGCACGUGGAGUGCUUUAAGUGUGCCACCUGCGGCACCUCGUUGAAGAACCAAGGAUACUACAACUUCAACAACAAGCUGUAUUGCGACAUCCAUGCCAAGCAGGCGGCCAUCAACAAUCCACCCGCCGGCACUGAGGGCUAUGUCCCUGUACCCAUCAAGCCCAACACCAAGCUGAGCGCCAACACCAUCUCGUCGGCCUUGAACUCGCACGGCUAUGGCGGUGGCUCCAAUGGCUACUCCAAUGGCAACUCCACCCCAGCCCCGGCACCGGUUGCAAGCCCCCAAGCAACAGUAACAGCAACAGCAGCAACACCUGCCCCAAUAGCAGCACCCUUAACAGCAACAGAUAGCUCAGCAGCAGCAACAGCAACAGCAGCAACAGCAGCAACAACACUUGCAACAUCAGACAUUAUGUCGGCCAACGUGGCGGAUGAGCCGUCUUCAAUUUAUGGCCAAAUCAACACGAACCCAGCUCCCUUAGCAGCUCCUGGCGGUGGCGAUCAGCCUUUUGAGUAUGUGACGCUCACGGGCAAUGUCAUUCGCAGCGUUCAGGCACCUGGAAAAGGAGCGGCACCGGGCUACAAGGUAAACCAGGGCUAUGCUCGUCCCUUCGGAGCCGCCGCUCCCAAGUCGCCGGUGUCGUACCCACCGCAGCAGCAGCAGCAGUCGCCGCGUCCCGCUCCCGGUGGCCAGAAUCCCUAUGCCACCUUGCCCCGCAGCAACGCUGGCCAACAAGUCGAAGAGGAACUGCAGCCUCAGUAUGAGGAGGAGGACUGCUAUGAGGUGGACAUUGAGGUGGCCAUGGCCGCCAGCCGCCAAUCUCAUCGCGGCUCUAGCUUCGUGUGGCCACCACCGCAGGAUGAUAACCAUUUGGCGCCCACUGCUGCACCACUGUAUAUCCCUCCACCGGAGACGCAGCAUGUGGUGGUUACAAAUCCGGUGCAACAAGUACCACCGCUGCCACCUGGAGGGGCAAACGGUAGACAACUCGAUCCGCAGCCUCAAGUGGCAGCAGGAGCAGCAGGAGCAUCUGCUCCAGGAGGAGCUCCCCAAUGGCAGAGUUACUCCGCCCCACAACUAACCAAUGCCAAUGCCCGUCAGCUGGCGGAGCAGGAAUCCAGCUCGGAGAGUUAUACCUCCACAUCGACCACAACGACCACGACCUCAGAGGAAUACCAGCGAAUGUAUGCCGCCCAGAUGCAGGCCUAUCAGGAGCAAUCCGGUUCGGAGUUUGAUUACCAAGUGGAUUAUGGCAGCACCCAGGAUUCGAUUCAGGAGUAUGCCUCCGGGAGGCGCAGUGCCCAGGAGUGUGUGGAUUCCCUGGCAGUGCCGCUGAGCACCUACAAGCUAAUCGAUAUGGUAAGGGAGGUGACACCCAGUCCCGUGACCACUCCAGUCCAGACUCCUGCUCCUUCUGCCCCAACGAGCCGUCGCGUUGUGUUCAACGAUGAGCCCGAGAUCAAGGAGUUGCCUCAAAUGCCUGGAGAGCUGGAGACCAUACCAGAGGCCAUUGAAUCCGUCGAAGAUCGCGAGGGUCUGGUGAUCGAGCAUCGUGCCCAGAUUCUGGAGAGCGAACGCAUGUUCCAGCCCACGCCGGAGAUCAAGUUUGAGAUUGCCCCCGUGCGGCAGAUACCGCCGACCAGGAUCCCCAACCCGAGUCCCAAAGAGUGGAUUAAUCCCAUGAUUCGUGUGCUGACCACAGCGCCGGAGGUUCCCUUCCACCUGGUCGAGUGUCCCUUUCCCAGGCCCUGUGGCGAUGACUUUGAGGCGGAAGCGGAGGCCGCUGAAACCGCUCGAGCCCAAGAGGUGCCGGCACCCGUUCCUGCUCAGCAACAAGCCCCUCCUCCGCCGGAACCCGCUCCGGUUGAGCCACCGCCGGCUCCCCUGAGAGAGUCCCCUCCCCGCGGAUCCCGUCUCACCCAAGCCAUGAUCACUGCCCCGGAGUUUGAGCUCAAGUUCGCUCCGCCCGCUGAUCAGGGUAUCCCACUUCCGGAGGAGACCGUGCCCUAUAUGCCACCACCCAUGGACAUGAAGCCCUAUCUCCGGGAGGACUACCGACCCAAGUCGCCCUUCGUUAGUGCCCUGACCACAGCUCCCGACCGCCCGUUCGAGGGUCACUUCGACAAGGACGUUCCCAUCCACCUGAUAGACCUGCCCACUCCCAAGGAGCACCUGACCAUGGCCGAUGCCCUUGUCACCGCCCCCGAGCGCGGUUACACUCCCCUGAACCCCGAGAAUGCCAUGCAUCGCGUGGACGAGGAGCAGAAGCAACAGGAACUGAAGAAGCGUGAAUUUCAGGUGCUGGAUCACGAGGAGGAGCUGGGCAUUCGGCCGGAGCCACCUCAGACCGUGGAGUACUAUGUCACGCAAAAGGAUCAGCCCCGGAAGUCAUCUGCCUUUGCGGCCAUGCAAGCAUUCCAGCCAUCCCGCGAGCCACUCUCCUCCAACUCCAACUCGAACACGGUGUCCAAUGCGGCCAGUGUGACGGCCACUCCCCGGGCCUCGAUCAUAUCCGCCCUGGCGGAGGCGGACACGGAUCUGGAGUACCAGAAGUACUGCAAGGCACAGCAGCGCAACCAGAAGCGUUUGGAGUACUUCCACAUGAAGGAGGAGGAGCUGUCCGGACUGCAGGGUCAGCAACUUACCCAGUUGCAGCGGGAGCUCUCAAACCAGCAGCAGAGCCUGCUCAGCCAGCAGCAACUGCAGCAGUCCAAGCUGCUCCAACUGCAGCAGUGCGUCCAGAGCCAGGAGUUGCAACAGCAGAUGCAGCACAUCAGCCAGAAGUCACAACAGCAGGAGCAGCAUCUCUUGACCCAGCAGCAACAACAGUCCCAAGUUAAUCAGAGAACCCAACAGCAGCAACAGCAGCAACAACACUCCCAAGUCACCCAAAGAACCCAACAAGAACAACAACACUCUCAGCUCGCCCAGACCCAAGCCCUUCAGGCCAACGCCCAGUCUCAGAGUUCCGCUACCGCUUCCUCCUACAGCUCCAAAGCAAAUGCUUGCUCUAACUACUCUUCCACAGUCCCACCUGCCACCUCGACCGCUUUUGCUCCUGCUCCAGCUCCAGUUCAAGCUCCAGCUCCUGCUCCCGCACCCGCACCCGUUCGCACACCAGCUAUCGCUGUAUAUAGUAGCCAGCAGAGCAGCAAGUUCGAUGCCCAUGAGCUGAUCGAGGAGACCGUCGAAGAGCUCGAGCACUCGGAGGUCCUGUUCCCGCCGCCCUCCCCGCUGAGCCACCUGACCAAACAUGGCAAAGCCGUACAGUCCGGCCUCCACAAGGCGGACAGCAUCCCAAAAUAUCAGCGCAACUGGACGGUGCUGCCCACCCAGAGUCCCAUUCGCACCCCGGAACCGCAUGAGCUGCGCGAAAACGUCCCAUUGGCCUUUGUGGACGCCCCGAAGGCGCCCGUGACCAGCGACUCCUCCACUGUACAUAGACCCAUUGCCAUAGCCCAGGUUGCAGCGCCGACAGCUGCGCCGGCCAAGGCGGUGACUACGGUUCCGGCUCCGGCUCCUGCCCGUCCGCAGCUGUCGGUGCCCAUUAUUGUCGAGGAUCGAUCGGGUCCAGUAACGAUGGCUUUCCAACCGCUAGACGAGUUCGUGCGCCCGGAUCAGGCCCAGACGCCCACCAGGCCGUACACCCCGUCGCUGACCAACAAGCCGGCGCCCAUUGUGCCCUUCUACCAGACGGAGGAGAAGCUCUGCUUCGACGAAUGUCCGGCUACCCAUGCCAGGGACUAUAACCAGCGUGCGGCCUCACCCUUCCCGGAUAGAGCUCGUUCUCCGGCUCCGGGACCGCCACCGAAUCCGCUCUCUGCCAUUCGUGCGCCAAGGAUGAAGGAACCAGAGCCCACGCCGUCGAAUUUGCUGUCUGUGUCGGGAGCUCCACGUCUGCAAACGGGAUCGAUAACCACGGGACAGAGCUACCAGGGUCAGCUCUUGGCACACUCCGAGCAGAGCUCACAAUCGGCUAGCCAGAAUUUUAGCCAGCAGCCGGAGCGGGUCACGGAGCAGAGGAUUGGCAAUAUGAGUGUCCAGCAGCGAGAGCAAUCCUCCCAGCUGCAGCAGCAAUCGCAGUCGCAGUCACAGAGCCAGACGCGCAGCCAGGUGGGCAACACGCAGAUCGAGAGGCGUCGCAAGGUCACCGAGGAGUUCGAGCGCACACAGAGUGCCAAGACCAUAGAGAUUCGCACUGGCACUCAGUCUUUGUGCCAGGCCCAGGCUCAAUCGCAGUCCCAGAGCCAGUCGGACACGGAGCGCCGCUCGUCCUACGGCAAGACGGGAUUCGUGGCCAAUCAGGCAAGGCGUCUCUCGGGCCUGGAGCAGGAGAUCACUAGCCUGACCAGCCAGUCGCAGGCCAUUAGUGCCCGGGCCUCCACGCUCGGUGAGGGUUGCUUCCCCAACCUGAGAUCGCCCACCUUUGACUCCAAGUUCCCGCUGAAGCCAGCGCCCGUGGAGUCCACAGUGCCCGGUUAUGGAGCGGCACCGGCAGCCACCAGCAAGCUAGUGGCGCCUCCACCUGGCUUCAUCCUUCAGCAACAACAGCAGCAACAACAACAGCAACAGAGAUCCGCCUUCUCCGGCUACCAGGCCACCACGUCAUCGGUGCAGCAGAGCUCGUACGCAAGCAGCACGAAAGCCACCUCCUCAUCGCUCUCAUCCUCAUCAGCAUCUGCUUCAGCAUCAGCAUCCGUCGCCAGAUCGUCGCAAAGUCUAACCCAAGCUUCUGCUAUUACUACCACCACUAAUAACCAGGCCACAUCGGCCUUCAGGAGCGCCAAUGGCAGCAGCACUCAGCCUAAUCUGGCCUCGCGGCCAUCCAUCGCUUCCAUCACAGGUCCAGGAUCAGCUCCUGCUCCUGCGCCCGCUCCAGCUCCUGCCCCAGCUGCAGCUCCGGCCAGAGCCCAAGCUCCAUACAAAGCACCGAUUGCUCCGAAAUCGGUGAUAGCCAAUGCCGUGAAAGCUGCUGCUCCGCCCGCUGCGCCCGUUGCUUUUCCGCCAAAUCUAAGCGAUCUGAACUUGAACUCUAAUGUGGAUGAUUCUGCAGGUGCCGGUGGCAAGAGCGGCGGUGUCUUUGGAGCCACCUCGGCGCCCAAGCGUGGCAGGGGUAUCCUGAACAAGGCGGCCGGACCCGGUGUGCGCAUCCCACUGUGCAACAGCUGCAACGUGCAGAUCAGAGGACCCUUUAUCACGGCGCUGGGCAAGAUCUGGUGUCCGGAUCACUUCAUCUGUGUGAACGGCAACUGCCGUCGUCCGCUGCAGGAUAUUGGAUUCGUUGAGGAGAAGGGUGACCUGUAUUGCGAGUACUGCUUUGAGAAGUACUUGGCGCCCACCUGCAGCAAGUGUGCCGGAAAGAUCAAGGGUGAUUGCCUGAAUGCCAUUGGUAAGCACUUCCAUCCGGAGUGCUUCACCUGCGGCCAGUGCGGCAAGAUCUUUGGCAACACGCCAUUCUUCCUGGAGGAUGGUAAUGCUUACUGCGAGGCCGACUGGAACGAGCUGUUCACCACCAAGUGCUUCGCCUGCGGCUUCCCCGUGGAAGCUGGCGAUAGAUGGGUGGAGGCCCUCAAUCACAACUAUCAUAGCCAAUGCUUCAACUGCACGUUCUGCAAACAGAACCUGGAGGGCCAGAGCUUCUACAACAAGGGUGGACGUCCCUUCUGCAAGAAUCACGCACGCUAAGUCGCCAGCCAGCUGAUUUUGUUCGACUUCAGGGAUCACGCACACUUAACCAUCAACUAUCUACACAAUCUAAGGAUACGGAAGCUCGCUCGCACGUAUCCUAAGAGCUUAUAAUUGCAAUUGUCAGAGUGAAUAAUGCGUAAUUAUUAUUAUUUCUAUUUGUUUUUUUGACUUGUGCCCACAAAUAUGUUAUCCUAAUUUUAAAUAAUCAACGAAUCAGUCUCAAUCAAAAAACAAAAAAUUGUAAAACUGCAACAACGACACGAAAUCGAAUUAGCUAGCAAAUUACAUCAUACAUACACACACAUAUUAUAUUAUUUAUUUGAAGCAUCAUAACCGCCGAACUAUAUCGAUCCCACGCCUAAAUAUUUUAUGUACUGUGGCCAGAGUUAAUUUAUCUGAGCCUUGAGCAUGAGGAAAACUGUUGAUCAACCGGGAAAUGCCAACGGUUGCUUAAAUACUACUACUAUUAUUUCUAAAUUUUAUGUUGUAAAUUAUCCAUAAUCUGAUUGUAAACGAGUGUAAAUUGUAAAUGAUCAUCAGCAAAGUGAAUAAAUUUCGAAAUCUUUAACGCGUUUAAUCGA